AUUGUUUUUCUUUUGGCUGCCGCCGUCACGUCAUCCUGGAAAUACAGUGUCAGGGCGAGUGACCCAAUACGUGGUUAUACGGUGUUAUACACUGUUGUUAACCUUAACGAAGGAUGAAGAUUUAAAAGAAGGAUUAAAGGAUUCCGGACUUUCUUGAAACGACACCACAAAUAGGCUGGUUAAUGAAAAGAAUAAUAACUCUUUGGAUGGCCGAAGCCCUUGUGCCCUGAAACAAUGAACCAUAGGUUGGCUUCAAACACCUGGGUGAAAAUAAGCAGAGCUUUCCUUGUGAAGCAAACACUUGCCGGCAAGUCAGCAGCAUCACUCUCCUUGUCUACUGCCUCUCACUUUAGGAUUCAUGCACAACAACCUGUUAGCUACAAGACCAGCCCUCUCAGCUGGACGCACAUCCACCACCUGAGAAUCAGGGCUCGUAAGGGAUGGGUCUUUAAAGCGACCCAGGUUAGACAACAGCGCCUCGGACUCCACACCAGCGCCUCGUAUUUGAACACUUCAACCUCAAGGUGGUCUACAGGUCUGAGUCAACACAUGUCUCGGGUCAGGAGCACACUGGACACAGUCUCUAAAGCUGUGGGCGGGACGCACUCUGAUCUUCUCUCCAAAAUUGCGCGACUCAAACCUAACGCUUUAAAGGCCGGGAAGAAGGCGGAGGGCAAUGGUGAGUCAACGGCAAAAGCGGAGGGGAGUGCAGUCACGUCGGCUGCCGCUUCACCUUCUGCAUCUGCUUCACCCAGCUCGUCUUCUCUUUCCACUUCUGCUGCUGCAGCUGAGGCAAGUGCCACUACCUCCGCUCAUCCUCACAGUCCUACCCAAACCACUGUUGCCGCCACAGUCCUGACUGUGCGCGAACUCAAGGAGAAAAAGCUGAGGCGCGUCGUUCCCGCUGUCAAAGCUAGCUGUGCCAGGAAGCAAGAGGAGCUCCCACCUGCACUGAAUGAGAGCAAGAGCACGACUUCCAAACAAACCACUGAACUUUUCCAUCCCAGCACCCUUUCAGUCAGCCUGGAUGACACAUACAACUACCUGGCCAAUCACAUCAACUCGUACUUUAGCAGCAGUGCGAAGACUCAGGACAAGAAGGUGGACAACUCCUCUUCUUCCUCUCAGGAUAAUCAAACCUCAGAACUUGUGUCGGGGACUGGUAAGGCAGACCCCGCUGCUCUGGUUACUCCACCUUCCUCAAAGAGGAGCUUAGGACAGUACUUGUCCUAUUCAGCACCAACUGUGCAAGCAUUUGUCGGGAACUACAUUGCUCCCCUUGUUCCUAAGUUCAGGACAGCAGAGUCUAAACGCGCUGCAGUAGAGGAGAAGAAGAAGCCUGAUGAUGCAUCACCAAACCAGCUGGAGGCUACUGUUAGUAAGGAGCAAAAGGCUGCAGAGGAGAAAGCCAAGAAACUUCUACUCCAAAGGGAGAAGAUUAUUGCCAGGGUGAGUGUGGACAAUCGAACGCGUGCUCUGGUCCAGGCUCUCCACAGGGCGUCAGAUGUAAGGGUGUAUAUCAACAGGGUGGAGGACCUAAGUUACCACCUGCUGGAGUUUCCAGAGACUCGUGGUGUUGCCAUCAAGGAGAAGGUUAUCCCAUGCCUCCUCCGCCUGAAGCAGGCCAACGACCCGGGCCUGAGGGCAGCGGUCAGGGAGGCUCUGGCUCUCGUCGGCUAUCAGAAACCCGUCAAAGGCCGAGGCAUACGGAUCUUGACCAUAGAUGGAGGAGGUUUAAGGGGACUCCUUGCCCUUCAGACUUUACACAAGCUGGAAGAACUGACCGGCAAACCCAUUUAUAAACUGUUUGAUUAUAUCUGUGGCGUCAGCACAGGGGCCAUCUUGGGGUUCAUGCUCGGCGUAUUUCAAAUCCCUGUGAAGGAAUGUGAUGAUCUUUACCGGAAGUUGGGCUCGGAUGUUUUCAAGCAGAACGUGAUCGUUGGGACCGUGAAGAUGGGCUGGAGCCACGCUUUCUACGACAGCGAGGCCUGGGAGAACAUCCUCAAGGAGAAAAUGGGCUCUCACCUCCUGGUGGAGACCGUAAGAAACCCUGAAUGCCCCAAGGUGGCAGCGGUGAGCACCAUUGUGAACCGGGGCACUCCUCUGAAGGCCUACGUGUUCAGGAACUACAACCUGCUGCCCGGGGUGCGCUCUCACUACCUGGGCGGUUGCCAGCACCAGCUCUGGCAGGCGAUCCGUGCUACGUCGGCAGCACCUGGGUAUUUCCAGGAGUUCAUCUUGGGGAACGAUCUCCACCAGGAUGGAGGUCUGCUGAUUAACAACCCCACGGCGCUCGCCAUCCACGAGUGUAAGUGUCUGUGGCCCGACACGCCCCUGGAGUGUGUGGUCUCGCUCGGUACGGGCCGCUUCGAAACCGCCGGCAAGAACAGCGCCACGUACACGAGCCUCAAAACCAAACUCACCAACGUCAUCAGCAGCGCCACCGACACGGAAGAGGUUCACGCCAUGCUGGAUGCCUUCCUGCCCCCGGACACCUACUUCCGCUUCAACCCCUACUUGGCCGAGGACAUCGCCAUGGACGAGAACCGGCACGAGAAGCUGAGCCUGCUGCAGGCCGAAGGCGUGCGCUACCUGGAGAGGAACGAGGAAAAGCUGAGCAAGGUCUCCGGCAUCCUCACCCGAGAGAAGAGCUCCGUCCAGAGGGUGACAGAGUGGGCCAAGCUUAGGGUGGACAUGUACAACGGUCUGUCGGCCUCCUUCAAGUUUUAGAUCCGACGCAUUUCAACCGCCCUUAUUUACUUGAAGACAUUUCCCUUAAUCUUCAUUAUACCAUGAUUCCUGUAACACUGUUGUUGACUUCUUGACCCGUAGCUCUGAAGAGCGCACAAGCAGGGAAUUUAUCCGAACUUUCCCUUCGUCCUCACGCACGCGUUGAUGUGAUCUUUAGCUUCAAUGUGUCAGCAACUUGGUCAGUCUGCACGUUAACAAUUUUCUUUGUCGGUAAAUAUGUAUUCGCCUGUCGUCUGCUUAGUUGACUGGUCAGAAACAGUCAACUAAGCAUAGACGCCUUCAGAGAAAGCUAUGCUAAUUAGGGAUUUAGUAUAGGUAGAGUUCAUUUUUUCAGGGCAUGGUUAUUGACUUGCUUGUAGCUGCCUCCCGUUUCCAGUCUUUAUGUUAAGCUAUGUUCCUAAAAAAAAAACACAAAAACAAAACUACAGAAACCUCUAAUGGUAGCAGUACUAGUGAAAACAUCGGUUUAAAAAAAGAUAUAUAAAAACAUUUUUUUAUGACAACCAAUAUAUCCUCACUGACGUGUGCGUGUACGCUCACGGAAAAAAGUAGAAAUGGGUUCAUGUCUCAUUGAAAUGUCGUAUUGUUCAGAGCAACCUGUAACACUGUUAAUCAGAACUGUAGAAACAGGGAAAGACUGAAGAAAAAAUAUUGUACUUUUUAUACAUAGUGAUGUAAAUAGUGAACCUGAGCUCCUGGUUUGAGAGAUACUUCUCAGUUUUAAUGACUAAAAUUUGCACAUUUAAGAUUGCAGCUACACUGUUACACUGUCCAAGUAUAUAUUGAGAAGGGUUACAAAAUUAAGGCCCAAUCCAAGCAUCUCACUAGAACGUACAAUGCGCUUAUGGUACGUAACGAUAAUUAAUAUCAUCCAAUCAUAUAGUGGUUUUAAUAAGGAUCAAAAUGGAGCGUCACGGUUUAAAGAUGUGUCUUUUACGUAUUAUUUUAGCCUAUUUUAGUGUUUUACUCCAGUUGUUUCAAGCUCUUUUAUCACCGCACACUCUUGAUUGUUUUGGUUUUACGGAUUCCCCACAGGCUGUUCACAUUGUCCGCUGUCUUCAGUUGUCCUCUUUCUCUUUGAUGCCUUCCCUCAAAAGCCCCAUUCACCCUUUCUUCCUUGAAAGGGCCGCUUCAGUCCCCACUCCGCUGUACUACAGUGUUUGUUGAAAUCGUGUCGGUUUUACCUGAAGGACUGCAUUAAAACGGACGGACGCUUAUUGAUUUGCCAUGGUGGAUGGUUAUCCUCAUACGCUGCUACGUGUACUUCUGGAAAAUAAAAAAAAAUAAAAAAAAUGCACUACAGACGUCCAUUUCAGACCUGACCCGGUCAAGUACUGUAUAUAACUGAGACGACGACUCCCAGAGGACGUGAAGUGAAAUUGUGAUGUUUCCCAGAUUAAUGUAAUUCUCCUGUUCUCCUGUUCUGGUCCUGUUGAGAGUGUGAUUAAAAACCAUCACUGAA